ACGAACUCUUGAUAUUUGGGAGUUCUUAUUUGUUGUGAUGGUAAUGCAUAUGCUUCAUCAUCCAGUUAAUAUCAUGAGCCAGUUUAGAGGAGACCAUCUAACUUUUUCUGCAUAUAUGAUUAAGGUGGAACUGUUAGCAGCUAAGAAUCUAAUUGGUGCAAGCUUGAAUGGCACAUCAGAUCCUUAUGCAAUUGUCACUUGUGGUGGGGAGAAGCGCUUCAGUUCAAUGGUUCCAGGGUCAAGAAAUCCUAUGUGGGGAGAGGAGUUCAAUUUUUCUGUUGAUGAGCUUCCUGUAGAGAUAAAUGUGGCAAUAUAUGAUUGGGAUAUAAUUUGGAAAAGUGCAGUUCUUGGUUCAAUAACUAUUCCCAUCGAAAAUGAAGGUCAAAAUGCUACUGCAUGGUAUACUUUGGACAGCCCAUCUGGGCAGGUCUGUCUCCACAUUGAAACGCUAAAACUCCAUGUGAAUUCCAGAGCGAACAUCUAUGCUCUUUCUAAUAAUCGAAGGAGGAUUGUGGAUAAACAAGAACCUACGGUUGUUCAUUUGAAACCUGGGCCACUGCAAACAAUAUUUAAUCUUCUUCCAGACGAGGUCAUUGAGCGUAGCUAUUCGUGUGCUCUUGAGAGGUCGUUUUUGUAUCAUGGUCGUAUGUAUGUAUCAGCAUGGCACAUCUGCUUCCAUUCUAACGUUUUUUCGAAGCAAAUGAAGGUGAUUAUACCUUUUGGAGAUAUAGACGAGAUAAGGAGGAGCCAACAUGCUUUUAUCAAUCCCGCUAUUACAAUAAUUCUUCGAAUGGGUGCUGGUGGACAUGGCGUCCCUCCUUUGGGAAACCCAGAUGGUAGAGUCAGAUAUAUGUUUGCAUCAUUCUGGAACAGAAACCAUGCACUGAGAGCUUUACAGCUUGCAGUAAAGAACUAUCAUGCAACGCUAGAAGCUGAGAAGAAGGAUAAGGAACAGUCAGCAUUGCGUCAUAGUAGCUCUGUCAGAGGCAGUGAAAGGAAAUCUAAGCUUCCUGAGGAAAGUGUGCCCAAGACUGACAAGUUUCAACCAUUCAUCAAAGAGGAUGUUCUUUCUGGCAUUUAUAAUGACGUGUUCCCAUGCACAGCAGAGAAAUUUUUUGAAACUUUGUUUGAUGACGCUUCGAAUUUCACAAAUGAGUAUCGUACAGCCAGAAAGGACUCUAAUGUCAUAAUGGGUCAGUGGUAUACUGCUGAUGAGUACGACGGUGAAGUUAGGCAAAUUACCUAUAGAACCUUGUGCAACAGUCCCAUGUGUCCUCCAGAUACAGCAAUGACAGAAGUGCAACAUGCUGUUUUAUCUCCAGAUAAGAGAACUCUGGUGUUUGAGACAGUACAACAGGCACAUGAUGUUCCCUUUGGAUCAUAUUUUGAGGUUCACUGUAGAUGGUCAUUGGAGACAAACUCGGAGUCGUCAUGCAGUGUGGAUAUUAAAGCUGGUGCACAUUUCAAGAAAUGGUGCAUAAUGCAAUCCAAAAUUAAAUCCGGUGCUAUCAACGAGUAUAAGAAAGAGGUGGAUCAAAUGUUAGAGGUGGCUAGUACAUAUAUAAAGUCAAAGACUACCGGAGGUGAGAUUGAGCAUACUACCUUGUCUCCUGCUGUCUUUCAAGAAAAUAGAUAAACUGAUCGUAUAAUCUUCAAACAAGAUCUGUUAGGGUAUUGCUUCUAGUUGCUUAUAGAUUUCUAUUCUGUCCUAAGCAAAUUUAAGUCUCUUGUAAUUUAUACAGUCAUGUGUGUGUGUGUUCCUAUCUCCUGCAUAGCGAACAAGUGGUCUGCUGCUGUAUUCUAUGUUGAAUACAUUUCAGUUACAAGGAUGGCAUAAUUACUUUUUCUUACUCAAGUAAUAUGGUUGUGGUUGACAUUGCUUAUAAGCCAAAAGAAGUGCAUCUAAGCAGAAUUUGGAACAAAA